AGAGCUUCUUCCUUGGGAGCUCACCCAACCCAUGGCGCGCUGCUGCGCCGUGGGCUGCGGCGUCAUAUGGCGCCACCACCUCCAUGCGGUGGCUUCAAUGGAGCCCCGGCGCCUGGUCUACACCUGUGUUGUGGAGCCAGACGAUGCCCGGCGCGCCGCGGCGGUGGAGGCAGUGCGAGCCCAACUGGGUGAGGAGCCACUCGCCUUCGUUACGCUGGAGGACGCAAUCCAAGCCGAUCCAACACAGGAGCUCUUUGUAGCUGUGGACAUCAUGGUGCCCAACGUCGGGCUGCUGCACGAAGAGGUGGCCAAGACUGCGCUCCAAAGUCGGCGCCACGUGCUCUUGGAGAAGCCCAUCUCGGUCUCGGUGGCCUCGGGCCUGCGGAUCCUCGCGGCGCAGGAGAAGUAUGCGCCCGAGAGGGUCCUCAUGGUGGCGGAGAACGCCCAGUACUGGCGCGAGAUUUUGGAGGCGCGCCGCCUCUUGCGCAGCGGCGCCAUCGGGCAGGUCCUCUCCGUACGCGCCAAGUUCUGGGAGAGCGGGCACCCUGCGCUGAACGAGUGGGCGGCGGACGGGUCCUACGACCCCGGGAGCUUCAUCGCCUCGGCGGCGGAGGGCUUCGUCUUCGACGGCGGCCUCCACUGGCUGCGGCCCCUGCGGAUGUUCCUGGGGCAGGCCGUCCGGGUAGCUGCUGUGGCGGGAAGGACGUUGCCGCACAUGCAGGGCCCAGGCAUGGCCCAGGCCUUGAUGUGCUUCGACAGCGGCGUGACGGCGGUCUUUGAGUCCAUCCUGGCGCCAGGUGCCAUCUCUGAGCAGCCCUUCUUUGUGAUCCAAGGCUCCAGCGGGGAAAUCGUGCUCGACGGUUUCGCGGGGGGCGGCCGCGUCUACACCGUGGCGGAGGGACGGGUGCUGGAAACCGAGAUCAACGCCGACUUCUGCGGCCCUGUGGGCUGGGACACGGGCUACGCCGGCGAGGUCGCCGACUUCGCGGAGGCCGUGCUGGAGAACCGCCCGCCGGCGGCGGGCCCGGAGGAGGCCGUGGAAGACCUAAGGCUGAUGCUGGCCAUGAUGAAGGCGGCCAAGAGCGGGCAGUGGGAGGCGGUGAAGGAACUCGAGCCCCAGCUCGAGAUGGCCACCUUGGGCUUGGCGCUGUGAGCGCGCCGCCUCGGCCCAGGUCACGGAGGUGUCGGAGCCCGGCACCGCGCCGGAAAAGAGCG